UAAUAGCAAUUAUUAUUAUAAUAAAUCCUUUUAUUUUAAUAAUAAUAGCAAUAAUAAGCUUAAAUUAUUCAUUAAUAAAUAAAAUAACAGUAAAUAAUAAAAAAAGAUAAUAUUACUAUAUCAGCAGCUACUAAAGAUAGAAGUGAAGCAGCAAAAGCUUUUAUUGAAAGAAAAUAUGCAAGAAUGCUUUAAAAAGAUUUGGAAAAUAAAGAAUAUUGGAAUGAACUAAAUAAAAAAAUGCAAUAAAUGCAAUUUUCAUAAGAAGAGCAAAUGCUAAUUACAAAAGAUGUUUUAUAAAAAGAAUCUGAAUUAUUAAGAAAAUCACGAAAAAAAAAAACAACUAAAGAUUUUGAAUCUUUAAGUAUUAUAGGAAAAGGUGCUUUUGGAGAAGUUAGAGUUUGUAGAGAUAAGGAAACAAAAGAAAUAGUUGCAAUUAAAAAAAUGUCUAAAAGCGAAAUGUGUCAAAAAACAUAAAUCGGACACGUAAGAGCUGAAAGAGAUGUUUUAUCUACUACAGGUAAUCUUUGGAUAGUGGAGUUAAAAUAUUCUUUUUAAGAUGGUAAGUUUUUAUAUUUAGUUAUGAAUUAUUAAGCUGGAGGAGAUUUAAUGAAUCUGUUGAUAAAAAAGGAUGUUUUUACUGAAGAAGAAGCAAAAUUUUACAUUGCUGAAAUAAUAUUAGCAAUUGAUUCAGUACAUAAAAUGAACUAUAUACACAGAGAUUUAAAACCGGAUAAUAUAUUGAUUGGUGCUGAUGGGCAUAUUUAAUUAUCAGAUUUUGGUUUGUGUAAAUAAACAGUAAUUUUAUCAAUAUUUUUAUUUAAAAAAAUAAAGUAUAUAUUUAUAUUAAAAUAAAUAAAGGAGAUUAAACCUUUGAUAUCAUUUGGAAAGAAAAUAAAUAAUGUUGAAGCAAAAAGUAUUUUUUUUUUAAAAAAAAAAAAUUAUUUUAUUGAAAAAAAGUUGGCUUUCUCAACAGUAGGAACCCCAGAUUAUAUAGCCCCAGAAGUUUUUGGAUAAGAAGGUUAUACAGAAACAGUAGAUUGGUGGAGUGUUGGAGUGAUUCUAUUCGAAAUGUUAAUUGGUUACCCACCUUUUUAUAGUGAAGAACCUCACAUAACAUGUUAGAAAAUUAUUAAUUGGUAAAAAACAUUUUUUAUACCUAACGAUGCAAAUAUAAGUGAUUCUGCUUAAGACUUAAUUAGAAAAUUAAUUACUGAUCCUUCGGAAAGACUAGGUAGAAAUGGAUUUACAGAAAUAAGAAUACAUCCAUUCUUUCAAGGAAUUUCAUGGAAAAAUAUUAGAGAAAAAACAGCUCCUUUUAUUCCUGAUUUAAAAGGACCUGAUGAUGUCUCGAAUUUUGAUAAAUUUGAAGAAGAAGGCGAAGGAUGGGGAUUUGAUGAUUCAAAAGUAAAAAAUAUAAAUGUUGAUAGAAACUUUUAUGGUUAUGAAUUUAAUAGAUAAAAUGAAGUACAAACAAAUCCAGUUCAACAAGCAUUAAAAUCUUUAGAAAAUACAAAAGAAAAUUCUAUUAAAUAAUAAGUAUAUUUAUAAUAAAAUAAAAAAAAUAUAUUUAAAAAAAAAAGUCAAAAAGAUAACAAAAUAUAUCACCUUUACCUUUACAAAACAAUAAUUAAUAAUAAAAUAAAAAUAAAUAAUUAUAAGAUGAAUAAAUAAAAGUAAACAAUGUAAAAAAUGAACUAUUUAUACAAAAAAUAUAAUAAUAAUAAUAAAAUAAGGAAUAAUAAUAAUAAUAAAAUAAGGAAUAAUAAUAAUAAUAAUAAUAAUAAUAAUAAUAAUAAUAAUAAUAAUAUUAGUUGUUAUUUUCAUAAUAGUUGUUUUCUAAUUAAAAUAGAUAAUAUUCCCCACCUGAUUAGAAUUUAAUUAAAACUAAUACAUAAGUUAAUUCUAUUUAUUUAUUAUCAAAUAUUUAAAAGUAGUCAUCUUCUCCAAAAUUAACAUCCUAGCUAAAUACAUAAAUUCUUUAAAAAAAAAUCGUAUUAAAAAAAUAAUAAAUAUCACCUCCCCCAAAUAAUAAAUAAACUAAUUAAAUUAGUCCAAUUUUGA